UGAGAUGUCAGACCCGGUGAAAGAUGACUCGAAGGCACCGAAUGAUCAUCAGAGGUCUGAAACGAUCCACGUCGCCGUCAAAAGUCCCACGGAGAGCAAAGGAUUCAUCGUCAGAGAAGGCUGCACCAUCAGACAGCUGAAAUGCGGUCUGGCAGAGCGGCUGGACGUACCGGCAGAGCGGCUGGUGCUGAUCCACUCCGGCCGGGUCCUCAGGGAGUCGGAACACCUGAGUCACCUUAAAGGACAAGAUGGCUCAGUCAGUCUCUACAUGAUCCAAAGGCCUCAGCAUUCACCUGCUGUGCCCACCACUGAUCCAGCUCCAGAAAUGAUCCAGUCGGAGCUCCCAGGCCACCUCAGUUCUGAUCCUGAUAACUUCACCCCAUCUCCCACCUCUCCUCUCUGCCUGGUGGAAGGUCUGGACAGUCUUGGCCUGUCAAACAGCGCUCCUGGCUUCUUCUCUGCACUGCAGUGCCAGAUGGAGAGCCAGCUGCUGUCUGACCCGGAGACGAUGCGUCGUGUCCUGAGCAGCCCCUUCGUGCAGAGCACCCUCUCCACCUCCAGCCCUCAACUAACCAGACAGCUCAUUCUGUCUAAUCCCCAAAUUCAGCAGCUCCUGCAGACAAACCCAGAGAUGGAAAAUAUGCUCAACCAUGCAGAGGUCAUCACACAGGUGCUCGAGCUCCUCAGGAACCCUGACAUGAUAGAGGAAGUGAUGUAUGAUGAAGACAAAGCUUUAAAAAAUUCACAGCAAGAGCAGGGCAGUCCUGAAACUAUCACCGUUGAUACUGAUGGCCCUCAGAAAACCGAGACAAAAGGUCUCAAAUUAUCACAGACAGAAGUACCCCCAGUGGUGACUACACCGGCUGGGAAUCAACAGCCGACUAAAAGAGAAAGCGAGCAGACUCCACCUCUCACCAAUCACUCCACAGAUCCUCUCAGAGGACUGACCUCUGGACCCAGAGCUGCUCCAAACCCUCAGAGCACCGUUACUGCAGGCAUGCAGUCACUGCUAGAGGAAAUCACAGCCAGCCCAGGACUGUUGGAGAGCCUGCUGUCUGGGCCGUAUGUCAGCACUCUCCUGAACUGCCUCAGCCAGAAUCCUGAGCUGGCCACACAGAUGCUGCUGAGCCACCCUUUGUUCUCAGCAAAUCCUCAGCUGCAGCAGCAGAUGAGACAGCAGAUCCCCGUCUUCCUGCAACAGAUGCAGAAUCCAGAGCUGCUGUCAGCCAUGUUGAACCCCAGAGCCAUGGCAGCUCUGCUACAGAUCCAAGAGGCCCUACAGACUCUGGCUGCAGAGGCUCCCGCACUGAUACCCAUGGCUGGACUCGGAAACAUUGUAACCAGAGCUGACGCUGCCCCUGAGCUAGCGUCUGACUCUGUUCUUAACAGCCAAUCAGGAAGUGGCCCCGGAGUUGCUACGGUGACAGAGCAGCAGCAGCAACAAUUUGUACAACAGAUGCUACAGGCACUGUCUAACAGCAAUUAUGGGGUCCACGGUGAGGAGUUCCAGGAGGAGCUGGAGCAGCUGAGCUCGAUGGGCUUCAAAGACAGAGAGGCAAACCUUCAGGCCCUCAUCAGCACAGGAGGAGACCUCACCACUGCUGUACAACAUCUGCUCAGUCUCUGA